GGGCCUGUGGCGCCGACUGACGGACGGACCGACCGCGGGCGCCAUGUUUGGUGGUUACUUCACCGAAACCAACCGGACGGCGACAUUAAAGGACAGAGCAAGAAUGGCAGAACUAUUUAUGGAAUGUGAAGAAGAAGAAUUGGCGCCUUGGCAAAAAGGGAAUAAAGACGAUGAAGAUGAUGAUGAUGAUGAGCCUAUUUUUGUGGGAGAGAUUACAAGCUCCAAAAACACCAGUUACCUAAGUAAAACAGGAGGCACAACAUUUCAUUUGGCACAGCGAGGCGGAAUGCAAAAUGGUGGACUCAGUAAAAGCAUGAUGGUGUCUUUUAGCAGUGCACCAGGCACAUCUUCUACAAUUCAGUCAGUCAACCAACAAUCUAUCACUUCUUCUCCAUCAAUUUCAAGCACAAUGGCUGCAUAUCAGCCAGGAUCUCAAAGUAUGCCUGUUUCAUUGACACUACAGCCAGUGGUAUUAUUGCAGGGUUUUAUUGUAAAAGAUAUGGGUUCGCUAACAUCUGCACCUCAGAGUUCAGGUGGAAUGAUGUUCAAUGUAAAGAAUGCACAUUAUCAAAGCAAACCAAGUGUUCCCGUAUUAUCUGGAGUCGCUUCUCUGUCAGGGAGAACAGGGGUUUCUCAAUUAAAAUCAGUUGGAACUGGGAGAGCAAUUCCAAAUAUCAGUUACAAUCCUAUUCAAAUAAAUUCAUCUGUACCAAGUGCGUCUGUAAGUGGACAGAAGCUGGGGCAGCAAAACACUGUCAAACCUCUUCAAGCAACUCAAAUCCUUAAUCAUGCCAGCGGAAAAGCAAGUGCAGCCCAGAGCACAAAUGUCAGUAACAAGCGCCCAGCAGCCUGUGAGAUAAACAAUAUUGGUUCAAAGAAAUCAAAAAAAAUUGAAACUGGAUCUGGAAAUAAAACAUCAAGUUUAUCACCAUCUUCAACUGGAUGUCCCACAAAGGUCUCAUCAUAUACCAGUACAUCAAAAGGAUCACCAAGUAAUAUUAAAAAUGGUGUACCGGUCCCAAGAGCUUGUCCAAAAUGCAACAUUCACUUCAAUGUCUUGGAUUCUUUACGACAUCAUAUGGUUUUUUGCUGUCCAGAUCUGGUAUCCAGCUACUGUACUGUAUCAUCAGCUGAGAAGACUCCAACUAAGGUUUUAGAAAUUGAAAAAGGGAAACUUAUAAUGUUGGUCAAUGACUUUUAUUAUGGAAAAGAUGAUGGCGAUGCCCACCUAAAUCAGAAAGAUAAGAAGACAAAUACAACUUUCAAGUGCUACAGCUGUCUGAAGAUUCUUAAGAGUAAUAUAAGAUUUAUGAACCACAUGAAGCAUCAUAUGGAACUGGAGAAGCAAAGUAGUGAGAGCUGGGAAAGCCACACCACCUGUCAGCACUGCCAUCGUCAGUUCCCCACACCUUUCCAGUUACAAUGCCACAUUGAAACAGCUCACUGUCCAUAUGAGUCAACAACAAUUUGUAAAAUUUGCGAGUUAUCCUACGAAUCUGAGCAAAUCCUUCUACAGCAUAUGAAAGACAAUCAUAAACCAGGGGAAAUGCCAUAUGUUUGUCAGGUAUGCAGCUUCCGCUCAUCAGUAUUUUCAGAUGUUGAUAGCCAUUUCCGCAUUGUUCAUGAAAAUACCAAGCAGUUACUCUGCCCGUUUUGCCUUAAAGUCAUCAAAAUUGGAAAUGCUUACGUCCAGCAUUACUUGAAGCAUCAGAAAAAAGGGGUUUACCGUUGCGGCAAAUGUAAGCUUCAGUUUUUAACCUGCAAAGAAAAGGUGGAUCAUAAGACUCAACAUCAUAGGACAUUUCGAAAACCUCCUCAAUUAGAAGGUCUACCUCCUGGCACAAAGGUUACUAUUCGAGCUUCCAUGACACCUUAUCCAGUUGGAUCAUCAUCAUCUUCCCAGCCUUCAGUUAAUUCUGCAGCUAGUUCUACACUCCAGUGCUCAUCAUCAGUAACGGUAAACACUAAAUUAUACUCAUCAACUAUAAACAAAGUUACUACCAUAGGAAGUUCGCAACAAUUGCCAUACAUUAAAGAGGAAAAGAAGAAAAAUCAAGCAAACGAAAAAGUAACAAAACCGUUUAAUAUUGAUCUUCAGUUUUCCAGGGCGAGCUGUGAUAUUCACAAAUGUAUUGAAUGUGACACAGAAAUUGAAGAAUUCGCCAGUCACUUUGCCACUUACACCCGUUGUCCCCUUUGUCGAUUCAGAAGUAGCUGCAACAAAUCUUAUGUAGCCCAUGUAAUGAGCUCUCACACUGUCCCCUGUAAAAAGAAUUUUUGGAUGUUCAAAGAGUAUUCAAACAAACUGAGCGAUAUAAAACUAGUAUGUUCUAGUUGUCCAUUUGAAGCCACUGUUUCUGAUUCAGAUGAUAUGGCAAAACAUCUUUAUCAAAACAAGUUCCAUGUCUGUCAUAUUGUUUCAAAAUCCAGUGCUUCCAGUAUUAUUGACAACAUAGUCCAGAGGAGCGAGCAAAUCUCAACACUUGACGAAAUAAAGACUGAGGCAAAUCCAUCUUCUGCAUUACUUGCUACAGAAACUUUGGAAGUUGAUUUAACUGCUGAUGGAAACCAGGAGAAAACUGACCAGCCUUUAAUGUACAAGGCUGAGAAUCCAUCUGUGGAAGCUGUGCCUUCACCCAAAGGUGACAAACUAAGUGAUCAACAAGACAAAACAAACUCCAAUGACAAUGUAGAAAGUAAUCAAAGUACUGAGAAUACAGCAGAUGGCCCGCUGUCUGAAUUGACGACUGAGAAAGACUAUGAUGCUGGAGAGAGAGUUCAGGAUAAUUCCUCCAAACAAGCACUCACACCUCCAGAUACUAACGAAGCACAAGAUUUAAAAUCAGUGGAUAAUGAUGUAGAAAUAGUUCAAGAUGAGUUUGAGGGAAUUGAUACUUGUGAUGAACCUAAAGAUUGCAAGACUCUUCCGGAUUUAAUACUGAAAUGUAAACAGACAGGGAAUGAGGGAAUUGAUAACGAAAAAUGUACUGAAGAAAAGAGCAAUGAUGCAAAUGUGGAACAGAAUAAGGAUCCCAAAGAAGAUGUUUGCUUUGACCAGUUUUUCAGGAGCAAAGAUGAGCCAGAAGCUGUUGGUUCUGAUGUGAGUGAGCAGGGCAGCAUUCAGCUGGAACCACUCACUCCUUCUGAAGUUUUAGAACAUGAAGCUACUGAGAUUCUGCAGAAAGGGAGUGUGGUGACUGUUACCAAGAGAAAGGGAACAGCAUCAACAGAGGAAAAUAAUAAAGAAACUACUCCUGCUCCAAUACUACUAAGCUCAGAGCAUCUAGAAGAAAAUGAAAAGAGCUGAAGUUUUGCAUGGUACAUUGAUUCUCUCACUGGACUUCAUUCACAGAUACACAUACACCAAGCACACAAGUACUUGUACUGUUAAAGGCUUUGAUAUUCUUAUCCUGUUCAGAUUACAAUGCACAUUCCUGUCUUUGAAAAAUAAACAAAUGGCAUGUGAAUAGAAAAGACUAAAAUCUGUAGAAUUCUGUAAUAAAUUAAGCACCUUUGGAUGGGUGCAGUCUUGGCAAGCUCUCGGCUUACCUACGUAAACUUUCAGUGAAAGUGGAAUCAUUACAAAAAAAGCAUAAUUAUGUCAUUGUGCAGCUGUGCAGAAAAAUUGAAUCAGUCAUGCACAAGACGACAUAAUACUGCUGUUGCUGUAACCCAGUGCAUAUUAUUAGUUUUUGCCAUAGAUAUAGACCGUUUAGGAUGGGUUACAUGGUAAACCAAAGUGCAGUUCAUCCUUUCCUUUCACUGUAGAAAAUAGGAUAUGUUGUGUUAAGUAAUGAUUUAUUUGUAUUGGCAUGUAUCUUUCAUUGUUCAGCAGUUUAUUCUGCUUCUGGCAGUAGACGUACAACGAAGGAACUGCAGGAUAUGUAACAAUGAAUUGUUUUUGGUAAACUGCAGUACUUCAUAGUGCCAAGCUAACUGAAUAUAUGAGGAAGAAUAAAGCAGCUUAAAAUUAUACUUAAUAUUUUUUAUUACAUAUUUGGUAAAUAGCUUCAGAUACGUACUUUGCUAGUGGUUGGCAGUGGCUUGCUUUGAUGUACAGUUUCUGCAGAAAACAAAUUCCUAUUCAGAACUUUAGACUUGAUUCUUUUAGGUGGCUAAUUUUACUUUGUUAUAAAGGUUGUUUUAUUUUAUGAAUAUCUGAUUUGGAAUAGCUGAUAUCCUUGAAGCUGAUAUUUGUUCAUUUCUGUUAAGUGCAUUUUGCUAAAGAUUAGUUAAAUACAAUAAAAAAUAGCAUGCAUCAAAAGUUGAUAAAUCUAAUUUACUGAUUUUAAAAUAGGAUAACUACUUUUUAAAUUGCUCUUCAAAAUAUUCUUAGUUCUUGGAAAAAAACUGAAAAUAUUCUUCGUCCGUUUGUCAAUAAAAAUAAUUUUUAACAUUUUAAUAUUGAACAGCUUUUCUUAGACUCCAGAUUCAAAACCACAAAACAAUAUAUAAAACAUAAAACUCAAUUCCUUUUACAUUGCAUAACAUAUUAAACAGUUGCACUCUCCACUCUGUAAAAUGAAAACAUUUCUUAUUUAUGUUCUUUGAUUAAAGUGAAAUCUCCCCUAUCAUCGCUUAAUAACAUAUAUUACCAAACCUUCUAAAGUGACAAUUUUUUCAUAGAAUUCCAGAACUCCCUUGAUAUUAAUAUUAAUUUUUGAUUGGUUUAUAGCAAAAAAAACUAAUAUACUUUUGCAUGACAUUUUCUGCAGGAUUUCUUAACAAAUACUUCCAUAUCAUUUCCUAUAUCCACACUAAUACCAAUCCUCUUUCCUUGGAUGUUCGGGUGGGCUUGUCCUUGAUUGCCAUUAAUGUGCUUCUGAAAUUAUAUCUGAAUAUGUUCUUGCUCAUGAUAUUAGUUGGUUGUGGCUUUUCCUUAUCCUCCUCAAAAUUCUCAAUUGCUGGUGAUUACUCUGGCGAGUUUUAUAUUUCAAGUGGCUUUGGAAUUAGUCAGCUGUAUCCUUUUAACUAUCAAUUAAAACUAAUUACCAGGGGGGAAAAAAUUGAAAAUUAAUGACAAUGUUUUGACACCAAUGGAAUAUGACAAACCCAUAUGGCCAGUUCUGUUGACUUCAUAGAAGUAUUAUAAAAAAUCUGUUUAAAAACGCUAUCCUAAUGCAAAAUUAGAUAUCAGAUAUUGAAGGUGUAAAAACUCCUCUCUAUAAUGAAACACAUUUGUUUUUCAGACUGGUAAAACUAAUUCAUUGCAAAAAGUCCCUUAUAACUUGCUCCUUUGAAAUAUAUUUUAUAAAACUUUUGGUUGUAACAAGAGACUAGGAUGUGUUUUUAUUCCAUGUGAAGACAUCACAUGGGAUUUGUUUCAUUGUAGUUGCCCACAGUCUUUAUAGUUUAGCAUGUGCAGUCUACUUUGUAUGGGAAAGGAGAAAUGAAAUGCAGCUCCAUCUAAUAUAAUUUCCUUUACAGUUAAUUUAUAGCAGGGUUGUAAAUACUUUGUGUUUUUAAAAGGAUUAAUUUAGAAAUUGUUAGUACUUUACUUUGUCUAAUCACCAUAUUUGUAUGUUGGAGUUAUGUUAAUCUUUCAUUGUCGUUAUACCUCUAAAUUGUAUAUUUUCUUGUUCCACUCCAGGAGACUCGCACUUCAGUUCAUGAUUUGUUCAUGGUAUAAGAUGCAACUGUAAACAAAGCAAUGUGCAACUGAAUAAAUAUUAUAGAUGCCCAUGCUUGUGCAUCUUGGCAAAUGGACAGAUGCCAGAUCUUAGGCUAAUUUACAUUAUUGGACUAGACUCAGUUGUCAAGAAUUUGGUCCUCUGAAAAUAAUAACAUUGGUAGCGCACAGGGCAAAGGCUUUUCCUUUCAGUGUGACUAUAUUUAACUGGUUAACUUGGAUGAGGAAAUAUGUUUCCAUUGCUACCGUUGCUACUUUUAGUUCUGGAAUUCAAUUGAUUCCAAUUCAGAGUUAAAUUACUGUACACAGGGAGGGGUGAAAAUAAUGGUUUGUAUACUUUUCUUCUUGUAGAAGUUAAAUGUAACUUUAAUGCCAGUGCCUGCAAGCUCAAAUAAAGACAAUGCAUCUCAUGACUUGUA